GAGUUUAGUUGGUAAUGGAAAGAAUAAUUGAAGAAGAUAUUGUGAUUGUAGGAGCUGGAAUUGCUGGCCUCACAACCUCCUUGGGACUACACAGAUUGGGCAUAAGAAGUUUGGUAUUAGAAAGUUCAGAUAAUUUGAGAGCCACUGGAUUUGUACUAACAUUAUGGGAAAAUGCUUGGAAGGCUUUGGAUGCUGUCGGUGUUGGAGACAUCCUCCGCCACCAACAUAUACAAUUUCAUGGGCUUGUAACUACAACUUUGAUUACGGGGAAACAAACAUCAACAACGUAUUUCAAGGACAACACAAGAAAGAAUGGAUCGCAUGAGGUUCGUUGUGUUAGAAGGCAUAUAAUAUUGGAAGCCCUAGCCAAAGAGCUUCCAAGUGGAACCAUUAAGUACAUGUCAAAGGUGGUUGCCAUUCAGGAAUCUGGAUUCUCUAAGAUACUACAUCUGGCUGAUGGAGCAAGAAUCAAAACCAAGGUAUUGAUAGGGUGUGAUGGAGUAAACUCUAUGGUGGCAAAGUGGUUAGGCUUUAAGGAGGCUUCUCCCAUAGGAAGAUACACAACUAGGGGUUAUGUAGAGUUGAAGAACACUCACGAUUUGGAACCAAUGCUCAUGCAAUACUUUGGAAAAGGUUUUAGAGCCGGAGUUAUUCCAUGUGAUGACAAGGGUGUUUAUUGGUAUUUCUCAUGGACUUCUAUCAUCGAAGACUACCAAAAAGAUCUAGCACAAGAUCCGGCUAAAUUGAAGCAAUAUGUGUUAAAUAAGUUAGAGAAGAUGUCAAGUUAUGUUAGAUCUUUCAUUGAAAACACUGAGUUAGAUGCUUUUCAUUUUGCUCCAUUGAGACAUAGACAUCCCUGGGAGCUAAUAAUGGGAAAUAUUAGUAAAGGAAAUGUUUGUGUUGUUGGAGAUGCAUUACACCCUAUGGCACCUGAUCUUGGACAAGGGGGUUGUUGUGCUUUAGAGGAUGGGGUGGUUUUAGCAAAGUUUUUAGCUGAGGCAUUUUCCAAGAAUCCAAAAGAAGGAGAAGAAGAAUAUAAAAUAAUUGAGGAAAGUUUGAAGAAAUAUGCAAAGGAGAGGAGAUGGAGAUGCAUUGAUCUCAUUACUAGAUCAUAUAUUAUGGGUUCCAUUCAACAAAGUGGUUCAAAAUUGGUUAACUUUUGUAGGGAUCAAAUUUUGACUAAAUUCUUGGUUGAUCAGACGUUGAAGAAGUCAGAUUUUGAUUGUGGACAACUAAAAUAG